ACACUUUUGUAGUGUUUUUUUUUUUAUUAUUAUUUUAUUAUUUUUCCCUUUUAAUUUCGCCAUUGUCCUUCCUUUGAAUCUUUCUCUGCCCUGUGGAUGAUGUAAUUAGCUUUCAUAUUGACUUCUCUACCUGUCCAAACUCUGGAGACAAAGAAGAGUGAUCAGGAAAUCAGACGCCAUAUCCAUAUAGUCCAGUUGAAGAAUGAGUGAAUAACCCUCUUCUCCUUCUCUCUUUCUGAUAUUUUCUUUUUCUUUUUUUUUUCUUUAUCAAUUUUUAUAUUGUAUAAAUAUAUAUGUAAUAUCCUAAUAAGAAGAGAACGAGUUAUGGAGUGUGAUCAAUCACCCCAGAUAAAAGGAGUGGUUAUUAUUUCACUUCCACCACCAGAUAACCCUUGUUUAGGCAAAACAAUCACUGCUUUUACACUUGGUGGUAAUCACUAUUCACAGUCUCACCAAACCCAUAUCCAAGAACAAGAACAGUCCCCAACCCAUCAACAAUAUCAGUUUCCAGUCCGAUCUCAACCACCACAAAACCCUGAAACUCAAUUCUCAUUUUCAAGAUUCUAUCUUGGUACCCCGAGAAAGGUUUUGGGUUUUGUGUGUAUUUCUCUUUUCGCUCUUGUUAUUUAUAGGUCUUUCUUCUCCAGUACUAUUCAGGAAUUGAAGGCUUCUGACGAUGAUCAAAGACCUAAAUCUUUUAUCUUUCCGUUAUAUCAUAAAUUUGGAACCCGUGAGAUUUCGCAAAUUGAUGUUCAGCAUAAACUGGUGAAGUAUGUUUAUAAGGAGAGUUUGGCGGCACCAGCUGAUGAGGCUAUUUUUUCUCAUAAAGAUAACGAGUUGUCUUCUUCAAAAACUGCUGCUUUGGAUUCAUCUUCUUCCAUUUUCCCUGUUAGGGGCAAUGUUUAUCCAGAUGGAUUGUAUUUCACAUACAUUCUUGUGGGGAGUCCUCCAAGACCUUACUAUCUUGAUGUCGAUACUGCUAGCGAUUUAACGUGGAUUCAAUGUGAUGCUCCUUGUGCUAGCUGUGCCAAGGGAGCAAAUGCUUUGUACAAACCAAGGAGAGAUAAUAUUGUACCACCCAAGGACUUACUAUGUGUUGAACUUCAAAGAAAUCAAAAGCCAGGAUAUUGUGAAGCAUGCCAGCAAUGUGACUAUGAGAUUGAAUAUGCAGAUCAUAGCUCCUCCAUGGGAGUUCUUGCAAGAGAUCAACUUAAUGUAAUGAUGGCAAAUGGAUCCGCAACUAACUUCAACUUUAUUUUUGGGUGUGCCUAUGAUCAGCAAGGGUUACUUUUGAACACAUUGGCACAGACAGAUGGGAUCCUUGGACUAAGCAGAGCUAAAAUCAGUUUACCUUCUCAAUUGGCAAGCCGGGGAAUAAUUAAUAAUGUGUUAGGUCAUUGCCUUACCAAUGAUGUAGGUGGUGGUGGAUAUAUGUUCUUAGGUGAUGAUUUUGUACCACGCUGGGGUAUUGCAUGGGUUCCCAUGCUCCACAGUAUUUCCAUAGAUGUUGUAGUGUGUCGAAGUUCUGCUUUUAUUCUUGACGUUGAUCUAUUUCUGAGGAUAAAUUAUAUACAGCUGAAGGAGGUUUCUGAAGAGGGACUUAUACAAGAUACAUCUGAUACAACAUUGCCUUUCUGCUGGCGAGCGAAGUUCCCUAUCAGAUCUGUUACAGAUGUUAAGCAGUUCUUCAAGACUUUAACCCUUCAAUUUGGAAGUAAAUGGUGGAUUAUCUCUACUAAGUUUCGGAUUCCUCCAGAAGGCUACUUGGUCAUCAGUAAUAAAGGCAAUGUGUGCUUGGGCAUUCUUGAUGGAAGCAAAGUGCAUGAUGGAUCCACCAUUAUACUUGGAGACAUAUCGCUGCGCGGACAACUGGUGAUAUAUGAUAAUGUGAACAAGAAAAUCGGGUGGGCGCCAUCGGAUUGCAUGAAGCCGACAAGAUUCAAGAGCCUGCCAUUCUUUGAAGGAUAGAUAUUAUGACAAGACUCCAAUCAAGAGUGCAAACUAAAAUAUUGUACAAAAUCAGUUGAGUUUCUACUCUUUUUGUAAAUCUUAUAUAAAGGCUUCUACAGUUUACUAUAUGAAGACGUGUGAACAUGUUUCUGUAUGCUA